CACUUCUCUCAGACUCUCAGUCACUCAAACUCCGACAGUUUUGUUUAUCCAGUUCGCUGGUGCACUUAGGUGAACAAUCACAGAAACUGUAAUUUGAAAAUCCUUGGCUAAGUGUUGGUGAUUCUUGCAAGUAUUUUGACAAGAACAAAGAUAAAGAAAAUUGAUGAAAAGGCCGGAAGGUUCAUUGAUCUAGCAGAAAUGCUGGAAAACAUUAAACCGAGGGUAAGGUAAGACAUGGAAAUUUCUCAGGGUCAAAGGUAUACAGUAGGCCUAUAGUGGCAGUGUCAGUGCAUCAGUAAAUAAAUAAAGAAAUAAAAAAAGAGCUCCUUAAAGUUAAUCGUGAGAAGUCGAUAACAAAUUGAGUGAAAGAACUUCCUCAAGUGACUGCCAUUGCCUGCAAUUCAUUAAGGAAGUAACAACCGGAACUGAACCAGAAAAUCAGUAGUACGUCGACUUGGGAAUAUGUAAUGCGUUGAGCAAGAAAGUUCAUAGACUAUACCCUGUGCCCUCCAGAGUGGAAUUAUAAGAAAAUAAUGGUGUUGGAAUAUUAAGAGAAUAAUGUUUCUUUAGCUUAUAAACACCAGAAAAAGGGGAAUGGGAGAGGUAACUGACGACCUUUUGGAAACUUCUGGUGUAAGAGUGUUGAAGAAAUUUGGAACUGUUAGUAAUAAUAGUAUUGAAAUAAAAUCAACUGGAAGGGAACCAUCCCCGUAAAAAGAAGAGAUGGAAAAUCCAGACGAAACAACAGGUGAAGGUUUGCAAUGGCCGUCCUACUGGGGGUACCAAACCCGCUUCCGGAUGACUUGACGCUGGGGUAUGAGGUAUUCAAGAACCUUGCCACAGACGAAAAAACGAAGGAAAGUGUAGCCCUCUUGAGCGACAACCUGCAAAUGACCUACAGUGAACUCCGAAAUCUAGUGGACUCCUUGGAGGCGUGGAUUCUAGAAGUAGUCGAUACAACACUGAAGAAAGAAUCUCAAAAAUUAGCAAAUUACGAAGCAUACCUGAAGGAAAAUGAGGGCUACGGCAUGAAUGACGACGAAGUUGAUGUUAAUGCUGCUGGUGGGAAUACAACAGACCGUGGAAAGUCUGUGCAGAAUGGCAAAGACACCACAGAUUGUGAAUCGAAAGCUAGCAGUGCUGAUCAGUCCUUCGAAGCUGCUAAAGUAGGAAAAGUGUUCUGCAUUGCUCUUUGCAUGCACAGGAGUCCCAACCUUGUGGCCCUCAUCUUGGCCAUCUGGAAGCUGGGCUGGGCGUUUGUACCUCUUGAUCCAGCUGUGCCUGGAGUAAGAACUCUGUUCGUCCUUCGAGAUGCAGAGCCAGCGUGCAUAAUUACUGACGAGCACACAAACAUGAAGGUCAGGUCUUUGGAAUCAGACACAUCUAUUCACCCUUCCAGUGAUAAGAGUGGGACAACCACUAAUGACAGUAGUGGCACCUCCGAAGUUCUUAAAUAUUGUGUGAGUGAUAGGAUCGUCGACAUCCGAACGUGGGAGAAUUCGUCCGCUGAAACAAGAGAAAAAUGGAUGGAAAGGAGUCCGGCAUUGCAUUAUGAGUUAGAAGGGCCGGGAAAAUUAGCUUGUCUUAUGUAUACCUCGGGUAGCACAGGUAAUCCGAAAGGUGUGUUGCUGACGAUGAAGAACUUGAUGCACCGCCUUUAUUGGCAGUGGAACGAGUUCCCUUUUAAGUCGGACGAAGUGUGUCUCAUGUCAAAGUCUUUGACAUUUGUCGACUCUCUCACCGAACUCUUCACUCCGCUGUUAGCUGGUGUGCCCGUGGCCAUAGUGAAGGAACUCCACAUAAACCCAGAAAUCAUCAUUAAUUACGUCGGUAAAUAUGGUGUUACCAGGCUUGUGUUAGUCCCAUCGUUGUUGAAACUUUUAAUUUUGUACCUAAACACAACCAAAGAUUCGAUAAGGCUCCUGCAGAUGUAUCUGAACCUCUGGGUAUCAAGUGGAGAGCCAAUUCCUGGGUGGCUUUUGAAUGAUUUUUUCGCCAUGUUUCCCGGUAGUAACUUUGUAAAUUUCUAUGGUUCCACAGAAGUGACGGGAGACGUCACUUACCUUAAGAUAGAGGAGACUACAUGGAAAGCGGGAGUGAAGGUCCCGAUUGGGAAACCAGUGUUCAACACCGCACUCGUUGUAGUGAAAAAGAACGGCCAGUCUUACUCUUGUGCCAAAGCGGACGAGGCCGGGGAAAUCGCCAUCAUCGGGCAUAACGUUUGCGCUGGCUACCAUCACGGCAAGCAGUACGCGCCUGACACAAGCAUCUUUAUCCCCGUUUCGUCCAUCGAGUUUAGUGAUGAGAAAGCGCGAAAUAACCUUCAUGAAUUCUUGCGAAAAAUCUAUAGAAAUGACCGAACGGACGCAAGGUUGUGCGAUGGCUGUGAACAUUCAAGAGUGAAAGAGAGUGAAAGUGUCCAGACUGUGAACGAAGCGAGAGUGCCAACAAGAAAUGAUGUGUGUGAAUCGGAUUCAAACCAUAACACCUCCGAAGUGAGUUCCCCAAAGAAAAGUCCAGCAAAGACGUCAGAGAACCAGAUCACUAGUCUUUUUAAAAGUGCGUUUAGUCCUUCCAAGACCAGACAAAGUCCAAAUAAAACUCUACCAAAUAAUGCGCAGACGAGUCCCUUGAAGUCCGGUCAGACGUGCAAUGAAGUUUGCUCUCUCAGAGAACUGUCAUUGAGGACAAGCUUAAGCUUGACCAAAGAAGACUCCCUUCCAGAAAACGAGGGUUCCAGCUUAACGAAGACAGAAAUGGCCGGAGAGUGUACUGAAAUUUGCGACGUCGAGUCUUCCAGAUUCCUGGAAAACGUCGUGGCCUACAGGACUGGCGACUGGGGGAAGGUGGUCGGAAAACACGUGAUAUUCGAGGGGCGUAAGGACAGUCAGGUCAAGGUCAGGGGCGUGAGGGUGCAGCUAGCGGAGGUGGACGACGCUGUUCACAGAAGUGGGUACACUGAUGCCCACUACGUUUUGGCAGCUACAGAGCAAGACACGGAGGACGAAGACCACGUCCUCGUGGCCUUUGUUGUGCUGAAGCCAGAGUUCGAGGAGAGAGACACGCCCAUCACAGAGGACCUCUUACGAUGUCUGAGGAGUUACCUGCCGGAGGUAAUGGUUCCUAGGGUGGUGGUUUUGGAUACGCUGCCGCACCUGCCUAGUGGCAAGGUCGAUCGUCAGUCGCUCCUGAAGAUUUACAGGAAGAGGAUGUCGCACAGGAGCUCCAAGGAUAACAUCCUGAUUCUGAGGAAGGACGAACCCAUCGAGUCCCGGGUACUGAGAAUCAUUUGCGGCGCCCUCGGCCUGGCUAGGUCGCAAGACGUGAUGAAUCAGAACUUCUUCGCCCUGGGAGGAUCUUCCAUCACCUCCGUCAGCGUCGUCGUUCGGCUUCGAGACCUAGGACUAGACGUCACCCUGGAGGCGUUUUUGAAGGCCAACACCAUCGGGGAGGUUGUCAACGACAUUCUCAAGGCGAAGACAAUGGCAGAGGUGAUGAAUUUCUUCUGCCCCUCGGUCCCGGGCCUCCCCUCCUCCUCAGCGUCCUCUUCAUCCUCUCAAGUGAAGAAAGUCGAGGAGGAACUCGAGGAGGAGGAGGACGAAGACCCACUCUGUGACCUCAGCAUCCCGGCCUUCCAUCCGGACAUCCCCGUGUGCACCAGCAACAAAGGGCAGAGCAAGAAGCCCAGGGGAUUGAGGUUGGCUCUCCUGCACACGCAGCCUCUCUCUCAGGGCGUCGACAAACACACUGUCAUCGAGAUCCUGGCGGAGUCAUUCACCACCAAGAAUCCAUUAGAUGUUGCCGUAGGUGUCCCCAAAGCUGCACACAGAUGCCUCCUCAACACACUCUGGCCACGACUAGUUCAAGAUGACCUUAGCUUCGUUGUGAAAGAUCCUCAGAGAGGGAUCUUAGGGGCGGUCAUCAAUACAGAUUUCUUCAACGAACCGCAGAUCCGUGUUCCACCAAGUAUGAGGGAAAUUGCUGCUUUGCAUGAGACAUUGGAAGAAGAGGCUCGUUAUACCCUAAAACAAGAGAAGAGGGGCCAGAGAUGGGUACAUAACUUAUUCCUAGCAACAAACAAUUGUCUAUCUGCCCAAGAUAAUGUAAGACUUGUGCUUCACCUGGAGAAGGAACUUCUGAGAGUAUCUCAAACAAGACAGUAUCAUGGUGUGUUUACCGUAAACUCAAAUCCUCUCAAUCAGAUGUUAUGUGAAAACUACUUAGGGUAUCGACGGCGAGGCACUGUGCGAGUGGCCUCCUUUUGGUAUGAGGGUCGACAGCCUUUUGGAAGACUUCCUCAUGACCUGCUCCUUGUGGCCAUGAUAAAAUCCCUUUGAAUGAAAGCAGUUCUCAUGACCUAGUAUUCUAACUGUUCUUAAGCUUCCCUCAUUCCUCCAUAUCUUCACUGUAUCGAACCUCUGUACUGCUUAGCAACCAUACAGUGUUUGUAUUAUGUUUGUGAUAUGUCUAUGACUGUGGUAGUGACUGUUAUCUGGAGUAAUAAUGUCACUGUGUCACGUGCCUCUGUAAUCAGCUGUUAUAAAUGUAUGAUAAGAGUACAUAGCAGAUUAAUAUAAAAGUACUUCAUACCAUAUAAAAAAAGUACUUGAUAAAUUUAGAACUUGGUAGUGCCAGUUGUAAAUAUGUAAUGUGUAGUUGUAAAUAUUAAAUUAAAAAUGUAUUUUACUGUAUUUUCCUAUUGAAAAGAUAAAUUAUAUAUAAAAGUUGGAAACCUUUGCUAAAAUACAGAACCUGAAUAAGUCCCAUAAUUAAUUGACACGUUUCGAGGCUAAAUUGCAGUGUCAAAAUAGAACAUUUGUGAUCAUAAUGAUGCAAUCCUUGGGUAAUCAUUUUCCUUAAGAACAUACACUCUAAGAAUGUUUUAUUUAUCUCAUAUUUUAAGCUUAGCACAGUAUUUAAAGCAUACUGUUUUUCAGAAAGUGUCUGCCCAUGCCUCCAUGUUUCAUUGAUAAGUUUAUUGCCAAGGUAUGAUUGGAACUACCGUACAUACAUACAGCAAAAGUUGUAGCAAUAUAAAUGCCAUCAUUGGAGGCUGAAAACUAGUCUUACAUUGUGUUCAAUUAUUGUACCAUAUCUUUUGUAAUUAAAA